UUUUCCCCAAGUUGUUGUCCACCAUGGAUAACCUGAGGAAGCCCCAAUCCGCCAAAUGCAAAGCAGAGCCUAACGACAACCCUAUGUAUGAUGUCUUAGAUACACCAUUCAUAUUUCGAAGGUGGUCGGAAUCCAUCUCUGCUUGCAACCUUUUAUCCGAAUUCUUGAAGGAGAGUCCGAGAAAGCUGCAUAAGCAUGAUCAGAGCUGGGGCAACACCGGUUUUUCUAAUAUCUGCAUUUUUCCAUGGCGUAUGGUUGAGAAGAUAAUCUCUUGUUUCCAUCAAGCUAGUGAGACAAUCACCGGACUUGGUGGUCCGAGGGAAACAUUCAAGAUUGCGAAUACAAGGUACGUGUCCAAGAAUCCUUUUAUUCAGGAUCUAUGGAUCUUUAUCUUUAAGGAGGUGAGACGUAAAUCCGAGUACGCUUUUGAUGAGACAAAGGCGAGGGAGAUAUAUGAGGGUAGAGGUGAUCUGUUUCUCACGUAUAGACUAGGGGAUGCCGAUGGCAACAAUCUUUUAAGGUAUGUCAACCAGGCCAGAUACGACUCUAGUAUUUUGUGUUGGCAUAUUGCUACUGAAAUCUGGUACAACAUGGAGAAAGCCACGGAAAGAAAUGAGAGAAGGGAAUUUGGCAAGAUCCUCUCCGACUACAUGCUGUAUCUUUUACUCAAUCAGCAUGAUAUGGUGUCCGGUGUGGCGGGCGCCGCCCAAAUGACGUUAGCCGACAUGGUGCUCGAUCUAUCGGACCACAUCGGCGAUGCGACCAAGGACACAGCGGAGCUAUGCAAGAGAUUGUAUGAUUAUCCUUCCCACAAAUUCGGGAUAUCCACGCUCAAUGAGGGGCUCGGAUUGGCCCGACAGAUGGCAAGUCUCGGGGAAAAGAAAUGGGAGGUGAUGAGCGGAGUUUGGGUGGAGAUGCUGUCAUAUGCAGCAAGUCAUAUCAAGGGGGAUGCACAUGUGCGGGGGCUGAGCAAAGGUGGAGAGCUUCUUGCCUUUGUUUGGCUCUUGAUGGCCCAUUUCGGUUGUUUCUACAAACCUCCAUGGGGCAUAUUUUAUAAGCCUUUGGAUGCAAGGUUUGUGCAUCCAACAGGAUUCAGAUAAACAGCGCUCAAAUUGUUUUGGGUGGAUUA